AUGAAGAUGCCUGAGCCAAGGAACAUUCAUGAGCUUAAAAGCUUUCAUGGGAAGUUGGCUUAUAUCCAAAGUUUUAUAUCAAACCUGACAGGAAGAUGUCAACCCUUUAACCGUUUAAUGAAGAAGGGUGUCUCGUUUGUAUGGGAUGAGGCAUGCAAGAAUGCAUUUCAAAGCAUGAAGUCCUAUCUAAUGAAGCCUCUUAAGUCCAUUAAGGGGCAAGCUUUAGUAGAUUUCCUAGCCGAUCAUCCAAUUCCUGCCGAAUGGGAACUGUCCGAUAACUUACCUUAUGAGGAUGUGCUAGUGAUCAAAGUUUUACCUCCAUGGACGAUGUACUUUGAUAGAGAUGCACACAAAGAGAGGGCAGGAGCUGGAGUUGUCUUUGUUAUGCCAGAAGGGGAAGUGUUUCCUUAUUCAUUUACCUUGACGGAACGGUGCUCGAACAAUGUUGCCGAGUAUCAAUCACUCAUUUUGGGACUUGAAAUUGCAACUGAUAUGAAGCAACUAAGGGAUAACAUAUAUGGGGACUCCAAACUGAUUUUCAACCAAGUGUUUGGGGUUUAUGAAGUAAAAAAGCCAGAGUUGAUCCCAUACAACAAUUAUGUAAGGAUGCUCCUGCAGGGGCUAAGAGAUGCUACGAUUGAACACAUCCCGAGGAAACAAAAUAAGCAAGUUGAUGGCUUAGCUUCUUUAGCUUCAACUGUAUCCCAUCCUGUAGAUGAGGCUCGGUUGCGAGUAUGCCAAAAAUGGGUGAUCUCUCCAAUCUUCAAAGACGAUGGCUCUCUUGACGAAACUGUUGAACUCCCGACUGCUUCUGUCUAUGAGUGUUUAGGCGAAGAGGAAGCUUUACAGGCGAUGGAGGAGGCUCACUCUGGAGUGUGCGAUGCUCAUCAAUCUGGUCCUAAGUUACAUUUUCACAUCAAAAGGAUGGGUUACUACUGGCCAACAAUGGUAAAGGAUUGCAUAGACUAUGCCCGUAGAUGCCAAGCAUGUCAAUUCCAUGCGAACAUUAUCCAUCAACCUCCAGAACCACUACAUCCGACGGUAGCAUCAUGCCCAUUUGAUGCAUGGGAACUCGAUGUGGUUGGCCCUAUUACACCCAAAUCAUCAGCAAGGCAUUCGUAUAUAUUAGUAGCCACUGAUUAUUUCUCAAAGUGGGCUGAAGUAGUGGCUUUAAAGGAGCUGAAGAAAGAAAAUGUUGCAGACUUUAUCCGAGUUCACAUUAUCUAUCGUUUCGCUUAUUAUGCAGCUGCAAACGAACUUCUCGAGGCUUUUAACAAAACUCUAUGCAACCUACUGAAAAAGGUGGUCUUGAAGUCAAACCGUGAUUGGCACGAGAGAUUAGAAGAAGCUCUGUGGGAAUAUAGAACAACUUACUGUACAGCAAUGCAAAGCACUCCAUACUCACCGGUAUAUGGGGUCGAAGCAGUUUUGCCUCUUGAAUGCCAAAUACCUUCACCAAGGUUAGCUAUCCAAGAAGGCCAUACAGAAGAGGACAAUGUAAAGUUGCGCUUGGCAGAGUUAGAAGCUCUCGAUGAGAAGAGGUUACAAGCUCAACUAAGUUUGGAAUGUUAUUAA